AUGUAUAGUUUCAACAUUAAUACACGAAAUCUCCGUUCAGUAGUUAAUGCUGUUUAUUUUGUUAUAAUUUUCACACAUAUUAACAACAACAUAAAAACUUUUCACAAUUUUCAUGUGCACACGAACAGGGAAAAUUAUCGAAGGGAGUUGAACAUUUUGGCAUAUAUUUUGUCGGCAUUUAAUAAAGUAUUAGCUGCGUUGCUUAAGACAUUUCUUUCUUCACAAUGUAAUAAAAGUAAUAAAAAGUUUAAAUCACUUUCACUGAAAGAGGAGAAAAAGUACGGAAGGCGACAGAGAAAAACUUAUCAAAAUAAAGUGAAAAGUUUUCUUUUUCUAACAUUUGCUUGUCAUAUAUAA